CAUGAUCUCAAGUACACAUUGUGGCGAUGGCAUCGAAUUUUCACGAGGAACACGCGAUCAAGUGAAUUGAUUUACACCUCCAGAUAAGGACAUUAUCUGAAUAAGCAAGCUGCCAUCAUGAAGAUAACCUUUUUGACUGAGGAAUGGACUCAAUCAACCAAAGGCAGUUGUUCCACCUUCAUGAGACAGAUGGCCAUAGAACUCUCUAGACUAGAAAAUGUAGAAAUUGGUAUUUUAAUUCCAAGUGCCAGUCCAGAGGAUAAAGAAGAUGCUGAAAAAUACAACAUCAAGGUUUUUGAACCUGAGAAACUUACAGGCUAUGAACCAGUUAAUUGUCUGCAGUUUCCUCCACAAGGAUUUAGCACUGACUUUAUCAUUGGUCAGGGCAUUAAGUCUGGAUGUCAUGGACAGGUCCUUAAGAAUAACCUUGGCUGUAAAUGGGUGCAUGUGGUCCUAAGAAAUGCAGAAGAAACAGCAAUGUUCCAGAAAACCCCAGGUGCCAUUUCCGAAGGGCAAAAACAGCGUGAAACUGAGGUAGAAUUGUGUAAAAAGGCUGACAUGGUUAUGACAGUUGGCUCUAAGCUCAAUGAAACCUUUAGUUCUGCUCUGCAUCAGUGUAAGAAAGAUCAUGUUUUCAAUCUUAUACCUGGCAUUUUUGAUGAGUUUUCUGGAGAGCAGAAGCAAUUCCGAAAUUCAAAGAACUUUGAAAUCUUACUGUUUGGCAAAGGGAACACUGAAGACUUUGAACUAAAAGGUCUUCAUGUUGCUGCCAAAGCUGUGGCACAUCUCAAUAAGUAUGAGCCAUCAUACAUUCUCAAAGUUGUAGGUGCCCCUGAGGGAGAACAAGAGAAACUGGCUGGGAGGUUGGAAGAUCUUGGGAUCUCUCGUAGUCAACUGAUUGUGAGAAGUUUUUACAAAGAAAGAAGAAAACUGGCUCAGCUAUUUUUGGAAGUGGAUCUUGUUUUGAUGCCUUCAGGUACUGAGGCGUUUGGUCUCACAGCUUUAGAGGCAUUGUCAGCGGGUGUACCAAUCCUUAUUACCCAUAAUUCUGGCUUGGCAGAGGCUCUAGAGGAAGUACCUUUCGGGCGCAGAUGCAUAGUAGAUCAAACAGAUGAUUGGGCUGACCAAAUUAAGCAAGCACGAAAACAUCUGAAAACUGGAUUAGUAGAGGCAAGCACGCUACGUGACAACUAUAAAGACAAAUACUGUUGGAUGGACCAAUGCGCUGCUUUUGUGACAAAGCUUAGGGCCUUGCAUUCAGGACAUGCUGAGGAAAUGCAACAGGAGUCCCAAGGCAAAAGGCAUUCAGCUCAAAAGCGAGUGGCUGACCCUGCUAAGGAUCCAGACCAGUCUGCAUCAAAGACAGAUUUUUCUUCUAUAUCUGGAAAUUAUAUUCAAGAGGGAGUAGUAACUGAUGAUGACCUUCAAGCACUUGGCAAAGCUAUUGGUGUCAAGUGGGAUCGACUGGCACGUCGACUACCUGGAAUUAAGGAAGAGGACAUAGAAGAAAUUGAAGACAGCCGUAAAACUUUGUCUCAAAGGGGAUUUCAUAUGCUGAAACUGUGGAGAACAAACAAUGGGAAAGCUGCAGACUAUAAGACUUUGUAUAAUGCAUUAGUCCAUGAGUUGGUACAGCGGAAAGACUUAGCACAAAAGUAUUGUUUAGAAUAAUAAUAUCUCAUAGAUAUUGCUCAUACCAAAACCUGGCAGUUGGUUUAAAUAGAGGCGGCCACUAGGUGGAAAGUAGAGAUAACUUUGCUAAUUACCAAUAAAUUCCAGUUGGUUGUUAAUUGUAAGAAUCUAAUGAUUAAUUAAUCCUUGAUUUACAUCCUUUUAUCGAUAGCCUUUUUACAACAUUAUACAACAUGUGUUUAGCUAAUUUUAUCCACGCAUUUGAUUGGAAGAAAGACGCAUAGAUGAGGAGAAUGUUGAAGCUUCUUUAAAAUAAAGUAUAUAUCAAGUACUCUGAGGUUUUUUAAUGUAGACAACUAUAUAUACUUUCUUAAAAAAUAAAAUAAGUGCUUGUUUGGAGCAAUUAGGUUAGUGAUUAUGUGAACAUUUUUUAGUGAUUGAGGAACGAAACAUU